CACAGCUCAUUGUAAGCAAUCAGGCAAAUACAAACUUGCAGUUGUACAGCAGGCAGGCAGGCAGGAACGUCUGACGAUAGACAGACCACCACAUAUUUCACCUUCCACACACUUGUCAGGAGAAGACCUGCAGAUGCACCUGAGCAGAAGCCUUGCAUCACCUCAACUCCUCCGACAGACCGACCCCAGGGACCGGGACACAUGUUUUUUUUAAGGGCGCCGAAGGUGUUUUGAGUUGGAAGUUAUAAUGCUGCCCGUUGUUUGUUUAGUGUUCUUCCUGGCAGGUUCAGGUCAGGCCCAGAGUCAGCGUCGGACCCCCAGGCAGGACAGCUCAGCCACGCCGUGGCGGCAAGUGAUCCAAUGGGAGAACAACGGUCGUGUAUUCAGCCUGCUCAACAGUGGGUCUGAAUAUGUUCCAGUUGGGACAGAUGCCCAAGACCGAGAUCACAGGAUAGUGGUCGCCGACACCCGCCCUCAGUCUUCCCGAAGACCCCAAGGUGGGAACGUCCGCAGGCAGGCGCCUUCACGGGGAUCUUCUGAGACUAUCCGGGGGCAGGCCAGGCAUCCUUUUGGUUUUGGGCAAGUACCUGAUAACUGGAGGCAAACAUCAAGCUCCACAGGUGGGAUUCCCUUCCAGAGGGCCUCCGGUACUCGGACCAGACAAUCCACUGGCUCCUCAUCUUACCCUUCAUCUCCUUAUAGCAUUCCAUCCUACCCUCAGUAUCCCAUUCCUCAACAGCCCGUCUACCAACCUGUGCCCUUUGAGCCUAGUUAUGCAGAGGGCCCAUACAGGAGCUAUGAACCACCAUUUCAGCCAGUUCCUGGUGGGAGCUAUAGCGGCGGAGCUUAUGCCGGCGGACAGGGGUUUACCGGUGGGGGGUACGGUGUGGCUCCUAUACUGCCCCCCUCACAACCUGAAUUCACUGAUGAUGGUUACCAGUUCUAUCAGUCUUAUAGUUACGGAGCGAGCCCUGCAGUCCCCCCACAGGCGCAGCCACCAUUCUCAGAUGGACUGGACCGCAGAUACACUCACAGUCUCUACAACGAGGACUCUGCCGCCUCCGUCCCAGAUAGCAGAGUGGACCGGACAAGCCAAGAUGAACAAGCACCGGUACGGAGUCCACAGUAUGAGCAAUUCCCACCGUUUGCAAGACCGCAGCCUCCCUUCCUGCAGCCUGUUCCAUCUGGCAGAAACUCUCCAAACUCUGCCAUUGAGCAAACCAAUGUUGGGGGCAUAUACCAACAAGAGCAAAGAGGUUUGCCUGACCUGGUUCCAGAUGCUAACUAUGUCCAGGCUUCAACAUACAUUCAGAGAGCUCGCAUGUACUCACUGCGCUGUGCUGCUGAGGAAAAGUGCUUAUCAAGUUCAGCAUACGCACCGGAGACCACCGACUAUGAUGUACGAGUUCUACUGCGGUUCCCACAGAGAGUGAAGAACAAGGGCACUGCUGACUUCAUGCCCAAUAGGCCACAUCAUACAUGGGAGUGGCACAGCUGCCAUCAGCACUAUCACAGCAUGGAUGAGUUCAGCCACUACGACCUGUUGGAGGUCAGCACUGGCCGAAAAGUGGCCGAAGGACACAAGGCCAGUUUCUGUCUGGAGGACACCACGUGCGACUUUGGACACCUGAAGCGUUAUGCCUGCACUUCGCACACUCAGGGUUUGAGCCCAGGUUGCUACGAUACUUACAACGCUGAUAUUGACUGUCAAUGGAUUGACAUCACUGACAUCAAGCCUGGAAAUUACAUACUAAAGCUCAAAGUGAAUCCCAAAUUCCUGGUGAUGGAAUCUGAUUUUACCAACAAUGUGGUCAGGUGUAACAUCCACUACACAGGACGUUCUGUUACGACAACUAAAUGCCAGCUCGCACAGUCAUGACCAGGCACUGGAAGGCCGAACAACCACACUCGAGUGACCAUGACUGCUCUUCCACUGGAAUGUGAAUGGAACUCGUCGACUCGCUGUAGAUGUUUGUUUGUCUUUGGUGUUUUAUUUUUCUUGGAUUUGGGGCAACCCAUGUGAUGGAAGAAGAAGAAUCCGCUUUGGCACUGAUUCAAUUGGUUAGUUUGGGCUAAUCUCUGACACGGUGGGCAAUUUACAGCUCACAAAUAAUAUAUUACCCUUUAGAUUAUUUGAUCCAGAACACCAUGUAAAUCCUAAAACUUUUUUUUUUUUUUUUUUUUUUUUUUAGAAGAAAAAUAAAAUACAUCAAAUGCGCUUAAUAUUUAAUGUUUUUGUAACUUAAUGCACAUCAAAAGUAGAGUAUGAAGAAAAACAACACCUUUUUUAUGAUCAUGUUUCAUAAUUCAUUUUAAUUUGCUAUGAAGUUGUUAUAUCUCAACUUCCACAUUCUGACAAGACUCCUCAUAGUGAUAUCAUCCUCGAAUUCUGUUACCAUGCAAUGUGGAAGCACGCAUCGAUUUUAAUAGGUGUGUGCUGACAAGCCACACUCCCUGAAGAGUUUCUAGUUGAACUAUGAAUAAAAAAUGAAUCAGACCAGUGAUGGAAAAUAAGGAAUCAUGUAAACAUUUAACUAUAAAAUGCACAUUGGCUGAAAAAUUGAAACAUUUUUUUUUUCCAUCAGGACAAAGGGUAGUAACUGUAGUACCUUUUGUUUAUAGAAUUCAUGGUUAUUCAUGGUCAUGUUUUGUAUUUGUUCAAGUUAUAACCGCCAUUCUAAUCAAUGUGAACAUUUUAUGUCUGACCGUUUUUACACUAGUAAAUGCAACAAAAAACAACCUAUACCACAAUGAAAGUGGGUAUCAAAAUACUUCAUAGCUCCUUUGGUUUUCUUUUGGGGUAAAUUUCAGGAUGUGUAUUUCUUAGUUUUAACCAAUGAAUUUCAAUGUUUCAGAAUGUACAGUAUGACAAAAUUCAAUAAUAUCCAUACAUUUCUGUGACUCCAUCAGACUCACUGUAUCAAAAACUGAAUUUUGUCAAUUAAUUUCAAACUGAGUUCAACAAAUCUCUAACUUUUUAUGUGGAUGGAGUACACCAGUAGUUUGUUUUUUUUUACAUCUUCAAAUAUGGCUUUAACAUGCAGUUGUUUUUAAAUAAAACUCAACCUCAAGGUGCUCUCUCAUAAACAAAGCUCAUAAUAAUUGUAUGUAAGCUGUAUGAUUACACUGUCUUCAAAUACCAACACUGGUCAGGUGGCACAUAUGAUCAUCAAUGCCUUUUGUGGGUGGAAUAAUGUACAUGUUUAUAAUUCCACUGAUGCACGACUGACUUCAAUAAUGGAAAAAAAGUUUUGAUAUUAAUGUAUUUGCUCAAUAUGUGACUUUUCUGGGUUAUCAGAAUUUGUAUGUGAUCAUGGGGGGGAAAUUAAAUGCUACAAACUUAGUACUACUUGUGACGCCCUAAUAAACAAAACAAAACAAACAAAACCAGCAUUUUCAUUCAACUCUCUAUCCGAACCUCCUGCUAAUCACUGGAAACUUCAUUAGGUACACCCGCUGAAUGUAAUCUUUGUAAUUGCUUUUUUUUUUUUUUUAAACUCAUUGACAGCCAUUGACAGCGAUAGACACGUGUCUAUUUUGACUGGGAGUGCUGGCAGUAAAUGUUUACUGUUCAAAUUGAUUUUACAUGCAUUGCUGUCAAAGAGUUUACAGAAUUAACGCAAUAAAUGUCAUAUAAUAAAUAAAUAAGUGUCGCCAAAUGAGAA